AUGAUCUCUCGAUGGCCGCCAUGCCUUACGGGCCGACAUAUCUGUCCAGUCUUCUCUUUGCAAAAACCGGUCAUGCCUCUUGUCCGAUGGUCGUCAUCGGGAUCUCGCUGGAAACAACGCCAGGGUCGUGAUUCCUACGCCCGUGGUGCAAAAGUUCAGGGACUUAAAAGUCGGGCGGCAUUUAAGCUCCUCGAGAUGGACUCGAAGUACAGGCUUUUCAAGGGAAGCGGACAGACAGUGGUUGAUCUUGGAUACGCACCAGGUAGCUGGUCACAGGUCGCUGUGGAGAAAACCAAACCCCACGGUCGGGUUAUUGGUAUAGACCUUAUCCCAGCCCAGCCGCCGCGUGGUGUCGCAACAUUCCAGGGCGACUUCCUUUCACCGGACGUGCAGGAAAUGGUCAAAAACUUCAUUCUCGAAAGUCACCGACGCCCACCUCCCCUACAAGAUGAGGGUGAACCCGAAAACUCUACUCCUGAUGAGGCUGCUGCACUUGAUCGGCCGAGUUAUCUUGACAUGGAACGCCAUGCCGCCCAGGAUGAGGUUGUUCUUAGUGACAUGUCAGAACCCUGGGAUCAAACCACCGGAUUUAACGUGAACACGUUGAGUAACCCGUAUCAUAGGUUGAUGAACACGAGCGGGAACGCCUUUCGCGACCAUGCCGGGAGUAUGGAUCUCUGUGCCGCCGCGCUACAAUUUGCCAGUGACACCCUGAGAUCUGGUGGACACUUCGUCUGCAAGUUUUAUCAGGGGUCUGAGGAUAGGGACUUUGAGAAGAAGUUAAGGACCCUCUUCAGCAAGUGCAGUGGUUCCAAUCAGUUGGAAAGUACCAUCAUGACGGCAGCAAUGCGCGAGAAGUUCAUUGUAGAAUUUUGUGAUACCUAG